AUGCUCCUCUUGCUUGGUGUGGCUGCCCUCCUCUCUGUGGGCUUCUCAAGGGAAUUGAACCGGACCGCCGGCCUGCUGGCAGACGGCACAGAGCCGUGCUCAGCCUGCGAAUUCCGGGAGCACAGCAAGCAGAUGAGACUCUACAGCAUCAAGUCCCAGAUCCUCAGCAUCCUGCGGCUGGAGCAGGCACCCAACAUUAGCAGGGACAUGAUCCAGCAGCUGCUCCCCAAAGCACCACCUCUUACGCAGCUCCUGGACCAGUACGACCCACGGGUGGAAGAUGAGGACCACGCCACCACAGAAACCAUCAUCACCAUGGCUACCAAGUCAGACUCCAUUGCAAAUGGAAGGUUGUCCUAUUGUCUGUUCAGCCUCAGUCCAAAGAUCCACACUGAAAACAUCCUGAGCGCUCAGCUGUGGGUUCACCUGCGGCCAGUCCAUAUGGUCACCACAGUCUUCCUGCAGAUCUCCCGACUCAAACCCAACAGGGAGGGAAACAACACCUGGGUCAGAGUUCGCUCUUUAAAGGUGGACACUGAUGCUGGUGCUGGCUCUUGGCAGAGCUUGGACAUAAAGUCUCUCCUGCAGGCAUGGCUGCGUCAGCCAAACAGCAACUAUGGUAUUGACAUCAAUGCUUUCGAUCCUCAAGGAGAAGACCUGGCAGUCACAUCUGCAGAGCCUGGAGAGGAAGGCCUGCAACCGUUCAUUGAAGUCAAGAUCCUGGACAGUCCAAAGAGAUCUCGUCGUGACUCAGGCCUAAAUUGCGAUGAGGAGUCAUCUGAAACGCGCUGCUGUCGUUACUCGCUGACCGUGGACUUUGAGGAGUUUGGCUGGGACUGGAUCAUUGCGCCCAAGCGCUAUCGAGCCAACUACUGCUCAGGGGAGUGCGAGUUCUUGCACUUGCAGCAGUACCCGCACGCACACCUGGUAAACAAGGCCAACCCACGUGGCACGGCAGGACCUUGCUGCACGCCCACAAAGAUGUCGCCAAUUAACAUGCUCUACUUCAACCGUAAAGAGCAGAUAAUCUACGGAAAGAUCCCGUCCAUGGUUGUGGACCACUGCGGCUGCUCCUGAUAAACACAACAGGCCAGCAUGAAAUCAUAAUUUCAUGCAACCAUUAGAUACACUCGUGGAUUUGUAGCACCUUUACAGUUUUAAAAACAAUGUCAACAGUAAUAAUAUAAACAG